AUGACUGAGCCUGGAUCCAACGAAAUCGACGCGACAACGAAUUCGACCACUGAGCAUGUCGGAGAUGAGGAAGCAGAUGAAUGGGUUGAAGAGGAUGAAAAUUAUGAUGACGAUGACUAUGAUGACGGAGAGGAAGAAGCAGAGGAAAUUGCCCGUCGGUUGAAGGAACAGCUAUGGGCGGACAUUAGCAAAGCGCAGGCAGACCGCGUAAACGUCACUGCAACGACAUCAACUCCUGGUGUACCCCUACAUGAUGGUGUGUCUGCGGUUGCUUCUCCAGUUCCGAUCACCCACCCACCUCUACAACCGUCAUCCAAGAAGGAAGAGGCCGCCUUGAAGACAAUGGGGAACGUGCUCAACAUUGCAGGAAAGGAUCCUCUGGUUCACUCAACUCUGGCCUCUGCAUUCGUUCCUGGUGCAGGCAAUAGCGUUUUGGAAAUCCUCAAUCGCACAGUUGCCGCUGGGACAAUUUCCAAAGACCUUGCAAAAUCACUCAGUCUGACACUUGUAACUUUGGCUCGCUCCGACGCACUCUUUGCCGCAAUGCGUCACUCUAAUGCGCCUUCGCUGCAGCUGGACAAAGGCAAGAGGAAACGCGACGAGACCGAAGAAGAACGGCAGAGGAAUGAGCCACGAGCCUUCAAACGGCCAGCUUUUGCAUAUGGUCAUCUACAGAGCCAGAUAACAGACGCAGUUCGCGUCGUUUCAGAAACUCUAGCUUCCCAUCCACCUUCCAACGGCCCGCCAGAUCCGUCGAUCAUAUCCUCAAUUCAGUUACAGUUACAUCAAAUAUUUCUUUUUGCGGUCACUUCUUCUGCAAGAGGAGGACCAGAGACAAACGCCUUACAGGAGAUCAGUGGGCUCAUUCAGGUGGUUGGAGUCCUGAGUGGUAGUCCCAUUGGCCCCACUGCUGUCCCACCGAAUGCCCCGAUGCCAAAUAUCCAACCCCCUGACGUAUCGAUGUAUCCUCCCCGCCCAUGGAUACCGCCAGGAACGGGCCCUCAGCCCGUCCCUUUUAGCGACAUUGGUACCGCAGUAUAUCCCUGCCUAGUACCAAGCUGCCGCAAGAUUUUCGCGCGGUUGUUUAACCUACGAGCGCACCAACAAGUGCACGCAGUGCACAGGCCGUAUCGUUGCGCCGCGUGUCCUGCCUCGUUUGCCCGAAAUCAUGACCUGAAACGUCAUGCCAAACUACACGACAAGACGGGGUUCCAGUGCGCUGGCUGCUACAAGUUGUUCUCGCGGCGUGAUGCAAUAAAAAGGCACAAAAACAGUAGCGCAACUCGUGGCGGCAAAGCGGAGGCAUGUGUCAACGCGGCAAUCAAAGAAGUUGAACUGGACAAGGAGGAUGGGGAAGACGCUCAGCGGGAAGGUCGACGAACACGGAUGUGGGCUGAUAUCGUGACGAAUUCCGUAGCGUCUACAGCAAGUUACGGAACGUUUGGUGAUGAUUGGGGUCCGGAGGAAGGGGAAAUGGAUGGUAGCGUCAUCGGCCAUGCACAAGAGGCUGUGCUUAGUCUCCACAAGACGUUACAAGCACAUGUGUCCAGCGCGCUAGGAACAGCCGCGGAUCAUAAUGUUCCUCCAUUGCAUGUUGAUCCGGCUGGAGGCCAAGCGACCUUGGCUAGCGUCAUCGCUAGGGCGCAGUUGCAAAAUAGGCCUUCUUCGCAAACUGAACAAGAUAAUCCAGCGGUGAGCGCUGCCAAUCCGAGCAUGACCGAAUCGCCAUUGUUCCCAUUGGACGAUGGAAGUUACCCUCCGACAAACGAUUACGCUGUUCCAACUGCGGAAAGUGCAACGGUUUCUGCACCGCCGUUCUCUCUAUAUGGUCUUUCAGAAGAACAAGCGCGACUUUUGGAGCAAGCAAUUGCUAAUGCUGCGUCUGCAGCUCAAGCACAGGCAGAGGCAGAGGCAGCGUUGGAAGAACAGGAUGAGGACUAUGAAGAGGAUUACGACGAACCGGACGAUGGUGACAAUGGCGUGGGGAUAGGGUCGACUGUGGGGACCGAAGUCCCUUCAACGUUAGGACCAUAA